CAGUCUCUCUCCCCGGUUCUCCCGCUCCAAUCAUCGCACUUGGCCGCGCUGCUUAAAUAUGCAGUGAAUACGUCAUCUCCGAAGGUGGAUCGGGCGUAAGUGGCCAAUAUCUAUAUAAAUGUGGCCGAGGGGCGAACCGGCAGCAGGAGGCAAGCGGGACCGGGAGGGCAGCAUCCAGCAGGGGCAGCCGCGGAGCUCACGUCGCCGUCACCGGAGUUUGACAGCCGCCGGGGCCGCUCACCCGGGCCGCCCGUGCCCUCGGGGCGGGGACCCGCCGCCGCCCCGCGCCCGCCCCGUCUGCUGCCGCCCUCGAGGAGGAUGCCGGUGGGGCUCUCCUGGCCCGAGGCGGCGGCGCUGGCGCUGCUGGCCCUGGCGCUAAUGGUCAUUCUGUGCCGGUACCUGUGGGCGCUGCGCUGGAGCCUCAGCCGGGACCGCGGCAGCGCCCUGCCUCUGCCCAGGGGCUCCAUGGGCUGGCCCUUCUUCGGAGAGACCCUGCACUGGCUGCUCCAGGGCUCCCACUUCCACAGCUCCCGGAGGGAGAAGUACGGGAACGUCUUCAAGACCCACCUCCUGGGCCGGCCGGUGGUGCGGGUGACUGGUGCUGAGAACAUCCGCAAGAUCCUGUUGGGUGAGCACACGCUGGUCAGCACACAGUGGCCUCAGAGCACCCAGAUCAUCCUGGGCUCCCACACCCUGCUCGGCUCCAUUGGUGACCUGCACCGCCAGCGCCGCAAGAUCCUGGCCAGAGUGUUCAGCCACGCUGCCCUGGAAUGCUAUCUGCCACGGAUCCAGAAGGUUGUGAGCUGGGAGCUGCGGGGCUGGUGCAUGGAGCCGGGCUCCAUCGCAGUUUAUUCCUCCGCUAAAACCUUAACUUUCCGCAUUGCAGCUCGGAUUCUGCUGGGGCUCCGCCUGGAGGAAAAGCAGUUCAAGGAGCUGGCCAAAACUUUUGAACAGCUGGUGGAGAACCUCUUCUCCCUGCCCCUCAACAUACCCUUCAGUGGGCUGCGCAAGGGAAUUAAAGCACGGAAUAUGCUACAUGAGUUUAUGGAGAAGGCUAUACAGGAAAAACUGCAGAGAAACAACCCAGAAGAUCACAGUGAUGCCCUGGAUUUCAUAAUAAACAGUGCCAAGGAGCAUGGCAAAGAAUUCACCAUACAGGAGCUAAAGGAGUCAGCAAUUGAGCUCAUAUUUGCUGCUUUUUUCACUACGGCUAGUGCCAGCACCUCUCUGAUCCUCCUGCUACUGAAGCAUCCCUCAGUGAUUGAAAAAAUAAGGCAGGAGCUGCUGUCCAAUGAGAUGUACCAGCAGUGUGAGAGCUGCCCUGUGGAACACUGCCUGGACACCCUGACCACCCAGAGCAGAGACAGCAAGAGGCCACUUACCUGCCCCAUGGCCAGAGAUGCUCAUGAGGACCAGAGCCAGCCACUGGGCUCAGCAGAGGCAGGUUCCCAUCAGCCCAAUGCCCUUCCAGAGCCUGCCUUCCCCCAGAGCAGUCCCUGCACUGGUCCGCAGCUCCAGUCAUCAUCAAGGCAGAGCUGUCACUGCCCCUCAGAUAUCAGCCUGGAGAAGCUGAGCCGCCUGCGCUACCUGGACUGUGUGAUCAAGGAGGUGCUGCGGGUGCUGCCCCCAGUCUCCGGAGGCUACCGAACGGCACUGCAGACUUUCGAGCUAGAUGGCUACCAGAUCCCGAAAGGCUGGAGCGUCAUGUACAGCAUCCGUGACACGCACGAGACAGCUGCCGUCUACCUGAGCCCCCCUGGUGGCUUUGACCCAGACCGCUUCAGUGCCACCCAGACAGAGGCUGCGGGCCGCUUCCACUACAUCCCCUUUGGGGGCGGGGUGCGUAGCUGCAUCGGCAAGGAGCUGGCACAGGCCAUUCUUAAGCUGCUGGCCAUUGAGCUGGUCAGCACAGCCCGCUGGGAGCUGGCCACCCCCAGCUACCCUGCCAUGCAGACUGUGCCCAUUGUGCACCCUGUUGAUGAUGGGCUGCAGCUCUACUUCCACCUCUUGCAGCCUGGCCAGGGCAGAGAGGGGUGAGCCAGGGGUAUGCCGCCCCUCUCAGCCCUGGUGUUGAUGUCCCUCCAUGGCUGCCAGGGGCAGUCUCUGCUGUCCCCGUGGCACGGGGUCACUGCAGAGCAAAACCCCAAAGGUCUGAUUUUUCGCAUCCUGGUGUGCAAGCCAGUAGGGAAGGCCCUGCAGAGUCCUGCCUCUGAGUAUCAGGUGGGGACUCAGCCCCAUCCCAGGGGCAAGACCCAAUGAAGGUGCUGGCAGGGAGCAUCUGUCAUAGGUGCUCAGCCAACCCUUUCCUCAUGCACGUCUCCAGGCAUUGGGGUGAGGGUGCAAAAUUCCCAGCCCUACAGCCAAGGCUCACAGAGCUUUUCUAUCAUGUGGUUAUCUCCUGGGUAUGUUAUAGUAGAGGCAGGACCAACAUCCUGCACAGUGUAGCUUUUUGGGUGUAAAUGGAGGGAAGAUGAGGAGGCUUUGCGGAAAAACUCAAGCCAGGGCUGCCCAAUCCUCAGCACCAGCUCUAGCUAGAAUAAUAGGGUGAAAAGUGUAUUUUACUGUAAAUAUAUAAUCUCAUUCCUGCACUCCCCACUAGAGCUGGCACAAAGAGUACAUGUCUCAUUCACCCAGUAGUGGUAGCCAUGUAUGUUGUGCAUCAGCGCCGUGCUGCUGCUAGGGCUCUGCUAUGAAGCCCCCUUCUGGGCUCCCUGCAGGAUGGGAUCCCCAGCUGCAGCCUGACUGUGGGAUUGGCCUGAAGCAGGGGAUGGGACUUUGGGGAAUAAACACUUGGAAAAGGGAUGUUUCUGAAUGUGUCUGAUUUGUGGCAGAAAGUCCUCUGUUCCUGAUGGUGGUGUUCACACUGCAGAGGGGGCAUCUGGAAAGUGACAUAGGCCCCAUGCUGCCUUGCUGGCCAGACUGACCGUGUCACCUCCUGCAGCCUGCCCCUGCCGGGGAAAGUGCCAAGACAGCAGCUCUGUGGGUCCAUCCAGGGGUAGUACCUGGGGCUAAGCCUGGAUGCUGAAGGAACCUUUUUAAGUGGCUUUUGAGUACCACCUGCUUUGCUGAGACAGGAGGUAUUUCUCUCCCAUGUAAAAUGAAGUGAGUCCUGUUGCUUGCACUGAGAACAGAGCUGGGCUCAGGUCCUUGCUACACUGCAAUGUGUUAAUAAGCUCCUUUCAGCUUCACCUCUGCUCCCUACUGUCACACAUCCUGCAUGGGAGCAGCGGAGGAAAACAUCCACCUUGUCCUUACUGUGUGUUUUGGGCUCGGUGGCACAGUGUGCGUUGUGUGAAAAACCAGCCGCAGCUCAACCUGUUAGGGCAGAAAACUGGCAUGUUGACAGGAUCCCUCUGGAAAUGCUCUGGAGAGCUGCCCUGUUAUUGUCCUGCUUCAAUAUCAGGCUACAAAUGAUCUUGCCCUGGCCAGUCCCCCUUGCACCUCCAUGCUGGAGCUCUGCAGCGGGGCAUGUGCUGCCGUUAGCCGUCAGAGGGCUGCGCAGCCAGCACAACGCUACCUGAGGCAGAAAUGUGGCUCCCAAAUGUGACAGGUCAAAUCUGGAAGAGGUUGAACUGCAGGGCUGAGUUAAGUGCUGUUGGCAGGUCGACCCCGUAGUGAACCAAAGCCUCUGCCCCUCCUGACCUUGUCCUGAAAGGUGAAUCUUUCUGGCUAUCAGAGGUGAAAUCAGUAGAUGGUGGCUGCAAGUGGCAAUGACUAACUUUAAUUAGCAGGAGCUGCUGGCGUGGCUGUGACCCGCGGGCGACGCAGGCUCCCACCGCGGGCAGGGCUGCGGGGCAGAGCAGGGCCUGCAGCGCCCAGCACCGGCCAAGGGAGGGCUUAACAAUUACCCCGAGCGCUAACGAGCCCCGCAGCCGCCCGCUGGAAAACGUAACACGGAUCUAGUUAAAAAAAAAAAAAAAAAAAGGACUUGAAACUGAUUUUGUUUGCAGAUAAACAAGAGCAUUUACAAACGACGUGUAAUGAUUGUUACUUGUAAUCCAAGUUUGUUCAUAUUAGGCUGUUAAUUUCUUGACCCCCUUCCAAGAUGUUUUUAAUUAUCCCUUUCACUCUUUACCAUUUGAUUCUUUUCGAGCCGAUGGCUGGGGAAUACACAGCUGGGGAGAUAAUAAAGCCUUCCUGUGGCAAUUAUCGGUGCUCAGGCCACCGUAUCUCGUUAUUUUGAUAGACAGUGAACUUGGCGCGGUUGCCGACCGGGUUCACGCAGAUGUCACGGUCCGUGUUGUAGGUCACAAGCAGGUCAGCCCCCGGCAAGGGGAGAGCGCCGGGUCAGGGCCCGGCCGUCGCUCCCGACCAGC